UCUCCCCAACAACGACUGAAUACUAGCCAUUCCAAUUUUAUUUGUAAACAGUUACUCCGAGUAAAAUGGACGCGUGUGAUCGAUUGAAAAAUUGGGAGGAUUUAGACGUAACGAGAGAAGAAAUUGAGGAUUUAACAAAGUGCUUGAAACAGGAUGAUUUUCGUAAAUUAUUGAUUGAAUAUGCUGAGGAGGUGACGAAUCCAGAGAAUCGUAAAUUAUAUGAGAAAGAAAUUGGCGAAUUGGAGAGAGAACGUGGCAUCGAUGUUAAAUUUAUUAAUCCAGAGCCGGGUUACGUCAUUAAAUCUAGUGUCAAUGGUGAUAAAAAAUGUUUUAUCAAUAUAUCAAAGAGUGAUAUUGUUGGUAAACCAACUAGUCAACCAUCGUAUGAGGAUGGUAAUCGUGGACUCCAGUGGUCCAUUCCAUUUACACUUGCACCGCCUCGUGAUGAUGUUGAUAAAAAGAAAAACUAUUGCACUGUAUUUGAUGUUGUUUUUCAUCCUGACACGUUAUAUUUGGCUACUAAAAAUUCAAGAUUCAGGGAGGUUGUUAAUGCUACAGCUAUGGACGGAAUCGAAAAGAAUUUUGAGGUAAAACUAGACAGGAACAAUCUUAAAUACCCGAAGAUGAACUUCAAAGGUAUCACUCAGUCUACAGUAAUUCGGAAAAAAUUGGACAAACUGCCAUCCAAUGAUACCCCCCAAACUCAUUUGGACAUCGAACCUGAGAUCUACCAGAAAAUUAUGUCAAGUUACGACGAGAACCGCGAAAAAUACGCCAAAAAAUUUGAGGUCAAGCCCUCGCGUCCCAGUCCCCCAACAACCUAUCUAAACACCUCUAACUCCCUCCAGAAAGACUGCCAAUCAACCCCCUUCACCACCCCAAAAUUUUUAAUAAAACACCAAACAGAUCUCGACAUUCAGGAUUUUCAAACGUCUAAAAAUUCAAAACUUAACGCAACAAUUCCCAAAAAACUCGUCAUAAUAAUUGAUCUCCCUCUCCUGACAUCUUCCAAUGAUGCAACAUUAGAUGUUCAGGAGCGUUUACUGACAGUGACAAGUGAUAAGCCAGCGAAAUAUCGCUUAGAACUUCCCCUGUCGUAUCGCGUUGACCCAGAUAAUGGAAACGCAAAGUUUGACCCUAAAAAGCGUAAAUUAACAGUGACACUACCAGUGAUUCGAGAGCUGAAGAGCAUUGACGCCAUCGAUGAUAGCGGAGUUGAGAGUGAUCAUGGUGGUCUCCUGGAGUCCAAUGCCAAUAAAGUCGAGAGUUCUGAUAAAUUGGGAGAAAACAUCACAGAACUGAUAACUCAAAAUGGAGAUGUUGAUAAACUGUGUGGGACUAAUGGAGAGACUGAAGACUCAGUUGUUAUUGGGGAUGCAUUCCUCAGGGUUGAUAUCAAAUAUUCACUGCCACAAUUCACGUGUAAUAUCUACGAUAACACGUUAGCCAUCACUGUUCACGUUAAGAAUGUUGAUGCUAAUUCGAUAAAGCACAAAUUUUUGGUCAAUCGAUCGGGAAUUCAUAUCGCCUUUUCGUCCGUUGGGGCAGGAUUUUUUCCAAUGUACUAUGCACUUUGUUUCAAAAUUCGUGAUGAUGUUCUUGUUGAUGAUACUGUGGGCGUUGAGCCCUGGGACAAUAAUGUGGUGUUCACUGUGGCUUUGAAGAAUGUUGAUGAUGUGGAAUGUUAUCAUGUGGGAGUUGAUGAGGAGUUUAUGGAGCGAAAAGAUCUGCCCCAUGUUGUUAAUUUAGUUAAAAAAAUUGAAUCUCUUGAGUGCGAUGAUGUGAAUAUCAAUGGACAUCGGAAGAUCGAAGUUAUUCCCGAGAGGGAUGAGAUUGUCGUGAAUAUUAACACUCAGCAUGGGGAUUCAGAUGAUGAAGAGAAUUUUGAGAGUAGAGAGAAAAACUUUAAUCUUCAGAAAUAUAGAUCUGUUUCGGAGAGCAGUGGAGAUGAAAUUUGUAGUAGCAGUGGUAGCAGGUGCAGGGGAAUUUUGAAACACAGGAGAAGUAAUUUUUCAAGAUCUGUUUCGGAAUCUAGUAUUGAUGAUACAGCUGGUCUUGCUUCUUCAAUAGAUUUCAAUUAUGAUUCGGUGCAGGACUUGAAUUCUGAGUCUGACUGCUGCAGUUUGAAGAAGACUGUACGGUUUAAUGAUGUUGUCUCACGUCAAUUAUAUAGGUCCAAUUCAAGUAUUUUAGGUCGAAGAAAAAAGAAUCAACGUAAGCUGCGGAAGAAGAAACAGGCGUUCGAGCGUAGAAUGAGUGAAAGUGAAAAUUCAGAAACUGAGGAUCGUGAUAAAUACAAAAUAGGGACUAAACAGGAUGAUAAUAAUAAGAAUAAUGAAAAUGUUAAGCCGAUACUUAAUCGUGAUAAGUUAUCAGUUCCAAUGAUUUCAAAUAACGAGGGUAAAAAAUCAAACGAUAAUGUUAACACAUCACCAAGAGUCGAGUUCAAAAAUGAUCUGAUAUUUGAUCUUGACAUGUAGAUUAUAAAUCUACAACAUAAUCACUCAAUUUAUUAGUGAUUAAUCACAGAGUAAUGAGAAUGUUCAAUCGAUUUAACAUGAAAACAUUCCGAGAUAAUCAACGAAUUGUUCUCAAUAAUUUUUCAUCGGUUUAACCGAAUAUAUUUGUAGGUAGUUUUGUGAGAAUUUUACUUAGUGUGGAGUGAAAUAAAAUUAGGGUAGAGAAAUAAUCGAUUAGAAAUUUAUUUAGGAUACAAACAUGUCUUCGAUAAAAAUUUGUAUAUUGCAUAAUAUUCAUACAGUGUGAUAAUAGAUUAAAAAUUACCAGUAAUUCAAUUGUGAAUUUUAAAGAGAAAAAUGUGAUACGUUUUGAAUUAGCGCCGUAAAAUCAUUGUACUAUCAAGAUUUUUUAGUAACAACGCUGGGGCGUUAAUCAUUGAGUCCAGGAUGAUAUUAUUGAAUUGGGUACUUGGGAUUAUGGAAUAAGGUGAACGGCAUGAAUUUAGCAUGAUAAAUAUUUUUCCCUCCAGUAGGGUCUCAUUGUUUAUACAAUUUUAAAUGAUAUUCAUUUAUAUGAUUUUAUGUGAUCGCAUGAAUUGUUAUAAAUUCAUCUUAUUCCAUUGCACCAGGCUUUCAUUCACCUGCACGAUUUUUUAAAAUAAAUAAGACAUGUUUGUUUGUAUUAAUGAAAAGUGUAUUCAUGAAGAAAUAAAAUUGAAAGUUAUAAA